GUCAAAGGGAAUCUCUCUCUCUCACUCUCUCGCGCGCGCACGCGCACAAUCCCCCCGACUGUGACAGGCGCCCGGUCGCGAUGGCACCCGAGGAUGUGGCGCUGAAGGAGGCGGCUCUCAUCUACCUGGACAGGACUGGGGGGCUACACAGGUUCAUCAACGACUGCAGGCGCUUCAAUGAUUCCAAACAGUGUCAUGCUGUAUAUCGCUUCAUUAUUUAUGUGAAUCCAGCUGAUCUUACAGAGUUGGAUGCAAGUCUUGGGAACUGUGUUCUUCAUCAGCCAAUAAGAGCUACAUAUUUGUUUCAGUCUGUAUGCUUUACAUCUAUCAAGACUUUGUCAUUAAUUCCACAAUUAGAAACAGAAAAUCAGGUUAAUGUUGUGCUAAAGCUUACACACUUACCUUCAUUGCCAAAUUACUCACUUGACCUUUGUCAAUUCCCCCGUGGAUAUCAGUUACUGAGAUAUUAUACGGUCGAAGGAGUGGUUACUGCACUGACAACUGUGACAAAAUACACACAAGGUGCAAGAUUCCUAUGCUCUGAAUCAAACUGCCCCUUUUCAACAGGCUUUCGGUAUAUUCGGGUUCAUAUAGUAGGUGCUACAGAAUCAGCAACUGUGCGAAAUGACUUCACAUGCACCUUGUGUGACUCUGCACUCAAGGAAGAUGUGAAAUUCAGAGUGCUGGGUGACAAACAGCUCGUUGAAAUGAUUGAUGCAGCUGCCCUUGGUGUUAUUAAAGGAAGUCAAGUCAACAAAUCAUGUUCUAGAUAUCAGUCUUUUACUGUAUUUUUAAGGGAUGAACUCCCCAACAGAAUGAAUAUGGGUGACAGAUACUAUGUAACAGGAAUUCCAACUCAUGUCUACAGUGGUUCACAACUAACAUUAUGUAUGGAAGCAAACAGUAUUCAACCCUGGUUAUCAAGUGACCCACCUGUCAUCAAUGAUAACUUCAAAUAUCUGCUGUCCAUCACAAUGUCUUCACCCUGGAGAUUUACAGCUGUUCUUGCUGACAUCUUUGCUGCACAGAUUGUCCCUCCAGGCACUUACAACACCCUCAAACUCAGCCUGCUCCUGAAUCUGGUUCAGACCUGCAAUAAUGGAAAACAGUCCAUGGAACAUUUAGAUCUUUUGAUUGGGACGAGUGAUCCGGUAACAGUGGACAGGCUGUUAAUAUAUAGUCUAAACCUUCUGCCUUUUGGAGUGAGACAUUUGCCGUCAUAUGAACUUUUUGCAACAGUCUCCAAAGAUGAACAUGGAACUGGCACUGCUAAAGUGCAAGCUGGGUCUGCACUUCUGGCCAAGGGGGGUAUCUGCUACAUAGGAGACAUUCUUUCUCUCAAAAAAGAGGCAUUUAAAUUACUUCAGACAGUUUUAGAAACUAGGAGUAUCACAGUAUUUAUUUCUGGAAAAAAGUUUGGAGAAGAUGUUGAUCAGCAAAUGAGCUUCCCGAUUCAGUGCAACUUCUGGGCUCUAGCUGAUGCUAACGUGCACCUAAAGAAAGUUGGCCAACAAGAAGAUCCAGUAAUUGGGUCAGUGGAUGUCAGUUCAGUACCAGCUAAUCUGGCUGAUGGCUUUGGUCUAAUGAUUUACUGCAAUGAAUCUUCCAAUUACAAUUCUCCCAUGCAUCUAAUACUGCAUAAACUGAAUGAAGCUAUGCACCAAAGCAAACAUCUUUAUCCAGCACUACAGCAGUUUACAACACAAGACUAUGAAGAGUUUAUAGCAUUUGCCAGAAACCAGGAAGCUGCACUUACUAUGAAAGCAGAGAGGAUUAUACAGGGAUAUUACACUGCAAGUAGGAGAGUUCGAACUGAUCCCGUUCAUGGAUCUAAAAUUUCUCCAAUUGCACUGAAGACUUUAAUGUCUUUAUCUGAAGCACAUGCCAAACUCAGCCUGAGACAUAAAAUACUGGAACAAGAUGCCGUCAUUGCAAUUUUACUGUAUGAGAUUUCCACGACUGCAAGAUACGGCGCUUCUGUACUCUGUGUGGCUCCAAAUGCAGUAUUUCCAUUUGAUCAGUGUGAUGAGCACAGCUUAAAUCAAAGGGAUAUAUACUUGACACAAUUCCAUCAACAACUCGUACAGUUCUGCUCGACAUAUGCCCCUGGGAUGUCUGCGCUUUUUGUUGAAGAAUAACUUUGAACAAAAAUUUAGAUCGGCAUUGUGCUAGGAAUCUGCUUAUUGUAAUAUUGCAUUUUACUGAAACAUUUGAAAAAUAAUCAAAUUUAAUAAAUGCCAAAACACUAAUAUGUCUGCACAAA